AUGAUAGAGCUACGCCGGAGAACAGCAGGUGAUAAGCUUGUGUAUACUAACAAUCACGCACAAUGGGAUAGGCGCGAAGGAGACCAGGCUGGCGAUUGCUUCGAUCUUGAUAUUGGUAGUAAUGAUAUUGCUGCAGUUCAAUGGUGGGCUGCAAUCCUUGCAGAGGGACGUGGCUGGGAGGCAACUCUGACUCGGGAUGGUAAAGAGUACUAUCCGCCAUGGGAAUGCCAUUUGGACAGCAGUACAUUCAGAUUACGCCAUUGCGCACAAAUACCAUCCUCGAUCUCGAUCUCCUCCGAGACACCGUCCGCAGAAGAAGCCCUGGGAUACCUCUACAAUUUUGCCCGAUUUCAAGAUGCUUUCGAUCAAUUGAUUGCCGCAUUAGCUGCUGCCAUCACAUUGCCAUCGCAUAACCGAUUUGGAGCUUCUAUUAUCCUACCUAAACCUAUCAAUAGCCCCGUUUCACCCAGCUCACGCCAGAAUACCCAGUUGAUAUAUGUCAAUCAAAUCCCAACCACCGCCGAGCUUCCUCAUUUUAUGGCCUUGUCAUGCAGUUCUGGUCUCGUUACGUCAUGCCUUAUGAGCUCUUUCUAG